AGAUUCUUUGAGUUCCAAAAGUUGGGAAGUGAGGCUGAGGACUUGAGGGAGCAUCAACUAUGGAGGAAGACCCUGACCUAUUUAUUAAUAAUGGAUUGCCUCUUUGCCGUUGCUUGACAGUGUUUUCAAAUCGUGAGACCCAUGGGCGAAAGCGGACAGGUCGUUAGACCCACACUCUCCAUUCGGCCGACGACUUCCCGCUGCAGCUCUUCCAUCCAUACGGUCCUCGCUUCCCUCUCGGUUUUACUUCCAUUCGGUCGGCAACUUAGCCGCUGCAACUCCACUCCCUCAAUUGCUUCUUGUUUCUCAGUUUUUAUGAAGUCACUGUAUCAAGCUUACAAGGCUUUUUGGUGAAAGAGAAGAAGAAUGGGAUGGAACAGAGAGCAGCAGCAGCAGAAGCUGAGUCAUCUGGUGAAAGAAACUUAGUCCUCCUAUUAUUCCCUGUUAUUCUAGAGCCUUAGAGGGUCAAGAGGUUCCCUUCCAUGGCCAAUUUGGUAUAUCAAAAGAACGAGACCCAGAUAGUUCAAAGCAUUUGCACAAUCCUUGUGAAAGGAAAUUGGCAUGAUCUAUUAAAACCUGAGAUCGCUUCAAGCUUUUCAUCCACGACUGUUAAUCGGGUCUUGCUACAGCUCUCCACUGAUGGCUUUCUUUCUUGGGCAUUCUUCAAAUUGAUAGAAUCAAUUCCUCUCUACAAACAUUCCUUACAAACUUAUUGGACCAUGAUUCAUAUCCUCACCGAGCAAAGACAUUUCAAAACAGCACAGGACUUGCUUAAAAGGAUUGCUUUGAAGGAUUUUCUCUCAUCACCUUCAGUAUUAAAUGCACUUGUUAGCAGCCACAAUGACCCUGAUUCAAAUUCUCAGAUACUAAGUUGGCUAGUGAUCCUUUAUGCUCAAUCAAAGAUGACCCAGGAUGCAAUUCAAGUCUUUGAUCAAAUGAGGAUGAAUGGGUUCAGACCUCAUUUACAUGCCUGCACUGCACUUUUAAACGCAUUGGUGAAGGCUAGACUCACUGAUAAAGCAUGGAAAACUUACAAGAAGAUGCUUCUGAUUGGGGUUGUCCCAAACCUCUACUUUUUUAAUGUUCUAAUUCAUGCUUGUUCCAAGUCUGGGGAUGUGGAGAAGGCAGAAAAAUUGUUGAAUGAGAUGGAAGCAAGGGGCAUUUUACCUGAUCUUUUUUCCUACAACACGUUGAUCUCUCUCUUUUGCAAAAAGGGCAUGCACUAUGAAGCUUUGGCAGCCCAGGAAAGAAUGGAAAGGGAUGGAAUAUAUCCUGAUAUUGUAACCUACAACUCCCUUAUUUAUGGAUAUUGCAGAGAGGGUAAAAUGAGGGAGGCUUUAAGGCUUUUUAGGGAAAUCAAGGGUGCAACUCCAAACCAGAUAACAUACACUACACUUAUUGAUGGACAUUGUAGAGCAAACAACCUUGAGGAAGCUUUACUACUACAUGAAGAAAUGAUGUCAAAAGGAUUAUACCCCGGGGUUGUUACUUAUAAUGCCAUCCUACGGAAGCUGUGUGAGGAAAGGAAGAUGAGGGCUGCAAAUAAACUUUUGAAUGAAAUGAAUGAGAGGAACAUUGAACCUGAUAAUGUUACCUGCAACACAUUGAUUAAUGCUUAUUGCAAGAUUGGAGAUACAGCAUCUGCUUGGAGAGUUAGGAACAAGAUGUUGGAGUCUGGAUUAUCCCUAGACGAGUUCACUUAUAAGGCUCUGAUUCAUGGGUUUUGCAAGGUACAGGAAAUAAAAAAUGCCAAAGAUGUCCUGUUUGACAUGCUUGAUGCAGGAUUCUCUCCAUGUUAUUACACUUAUUCAUGGCUGGUGGAUGGAUACUGCAACAAACAGAAUGAGGAAGCAGUUCUAGGACUCCCUCAUGAGCUCAUUGAAAGAGGCUUCUGCGUAGAUAUCUCCAUUUACAGAGCACUGAUACGAAGUUUUUGUAAGAGGGGAAAACUUGAAUGUGCACAAAAGGUCUUCAAUCUAAUUCAAGAGAAGGGUAUAUCAGGUGAUUGUGUUGUUUACACCACUCUGGCCUAUUCUUACAUGAAAGCUGGGAAGUUGAAUUUUACUUCAGAGAUGUUUGAUGACAUGGCAAAAAGGAAGUUGAUGAUAACACUUAAGAUCUACAAAUCCUUGAAUGCUUCUUAUGUUGAUGAUACUGGCAUCUUAGGCCUAUUUUGGGAUCUUGCGUUUGAAAGAGGCCUGAUUUCAAACAAUGUUCUCUACAUGAUGAGGCCAUUGGAUUGAAACUGUUUCAAGAGUCCAUUUUCCAUAAAGAAGAUGAUGAAUUUAAACAUUAGAAGUUCAGUUCCUUUUUUUUUUUUUUUUGGGGGGGGGGUGUGGUGGGGGAGGAGAGGGUUUUAUGUGAAUGAUCCAUUUGGAAGAUUAGAAGGGCCGUCUACCAAACACAUACAAUUAUAUGUGCAGGCUGAUGCAAGGUGAAGACCCAUUGUUGAAUGGACGGAAAGGUUGACAACUGUAAGUUCAUAGGCCAAAUAUCAGUCAAUAUAGAUUGGUAACCUUGUGUUGUGAAUGAUUGUCCUCAUUUUCCCCCCUGAUAACCCUCACUCUGUGGAUGCAGAGCUUGUUAAGUAUAUAUGGUUUAUAUCUGUCAACCGGCCCCUAAUUUUAUUUAUAGUUCCUCAGGAAUUGAGAAUGAAUUUGUACCAAUCAAUGGAAAAUUGAACUUGAUGUAUUGAUUGGCUGCAGUAAGAUUCAGUACCAUAUGAACAACUUCCAAAGAUUUUGGAUCUCAAAGUAAGAAAGAACUGAUGUGAGAAGGUGGCAUUUCAUUCAGUGGAUCUAUAUGACCCCUUAUUGGGAUGGAACAUCUCUGGGAUUCCUACUUGAAGUUUAAACCAUCUUUGGAUCUCAAAGUAAGAACUGAUGUGAGAAGGUGGCAAUUCAUUCAGUGGAUCUAUAUGACCCUUAUUGGGAUGGAACAUCUCUGGGAUUCCUACUUGAAGUUUAAACCUGCUCUCCAAAAUAAAUUUGAUUGCAAGGUACUCAAAAUGAAUUUUCCAGUAGGCAAUGCUCUCUCUUUCUUUUUCUUUUUAUUUCUUCUUUUUUGUAAGUAUCAGCUGAUUGUGUAUUUAACAUUAAGAAGAUUGAUUGUUACAUAUAAGAAAUUAAUAUGCCUAUUGUUCUUUAGUUCAUAAA